ACCGGUGGAAUAUGCACAGAGUGAGGAGAGCGAGCCUCUGGACUUCCAACCGCUCUGCAUGUGAACUGACGCGCCGCGUGAAAUCAAGCCGAAAAACGAUAGAAAUAUGUGCCUUUUUUGUUUUAAACUACUCUUGUUUUGCCCCAAAGUAACUACGCCCGAGUGUUGAACACGCUGGAACUAUAUAGGUCAACGUUCUUUUGAGAAAACGGGACUUAAAGUGCUUUUUCCCCCACCGCAAUGGGAGUGAGAGUGUACUACUUGGAGUCACUUACAAAGACCAUCAAGAAGUCAUGACACGACGAACAUUUUACUUGGAUUUAUCGACAUAAAAUACGAGAAAGGGUCGGUCGUCGCGCGUGAAAGUCGAAACAACACAGCUACAAGUUAAGUAUUUCGACAUUUUCUGGAGAAUUUUGUCGCGUUUCAGUCGUUUUUAAGUCGCUCUACUUGGAUCAAAGUUUUUCUUUCCCUCCCCCCUCCUCCUCAACUAUGGCGGCGGCCAGGUCCACCACUGGCUCCGUUCUGCUGCGGAUCAUGUGGCUGGUGUGCGGACUGUGCUUCUCUCAUACUACAGCUCAACAUUACAACAGUGAAAGCGGAAUAUCCGUCCCAGAACACGGGUUUUGCCAACCCAUCUCCAUCCCGCUUUGCACAGACAUCGCCUAUAAUCAGACCAUCAUGCCGAACCUCCUGGGCCACACGAACCAGGAGGACGCGGGGCUCGAGGUGCAUCAGUUCUACCCGCUGGUUAAAGUCCAAUGUUCUGCGGAUCUCAAGUUCUUCCUCUGCUCCAUGUAUGCUCCAGUGUGUACCGUGCUGGAACAGGCCAUCCCCCCUUGUCGGUCCCUGUGUGAGCGGGCUCGGCAGGGAUGUGAAGCCCUGAUGAAUAAAUUCGGCUUCCAGUGGCCGGAGCGGCUCCGCUGCGAGGCUUUCCCCGUCCACGGGGCCGGUGAGAUCUGCGUUGGCCAGAACACAUCCGAACCCAACAGCCCAUCCUCUUCGUCUUCCCCCAAUGCACUCGACCCAGUGACCCUACCCCCAAACAUGGGUCUGCCGAAUCAGCGUCCGCCUUACCCCAUCCAGCCAUACCAGUUCGCCUGUCCUCUGCAGCUGGAGGUGCCGACAUAUUUGGGUUACCGCUUCAUGGGGGUCAAAGACUGUGGGGCGCCAUGUGAGCCCUUUAAACCAACUGGAAUAAUGUAUUUCCGAGAGGACGAGGUGAAAUUCGGCCGGCUGUGGGUUGGUAUCUGGUCCAUUCUGUGCUGCGUGAGCACCUUAUUCACUGUGCUCACAUAUCUAGUGGACAUGAAGAGGUUCAGGUAUCCCGAGAGGCCCAUUAUCUUUCUGUCGGGCUGUUACUUCAUGGUGGCCGUAGCCUACGCUGCUGGGUUUUUCCUGGAGGACCAAGUAGUAUGUGUGGAUAAGUUCAAAGACGACGGGUACAGGACUGUGGCCCAGGGAACCAAAAAGGAGGGCUGCACCAUCCUCUUCAUGGUCCUGUACUUUUUUGGUAUGGCCAGCUCCAUCUGGUGGGUGAUUUUGUCCCUGACUUGGUUCCUCUCUGCUGGGAUGAAAUGGGGCCAUGAGGCAAUUGAAGCCAACUCCCAGUACUUCCACCUGGCUGCAUGGGCUGUCCCAGCCAUUAAAACCAUCACCAUCCUGGCCAUGGGUCAAGUGGAUGGCGACGUCCUCACUGGAGUGUGUUUUGUUGGGAUCUUCAAUGUGGACGCCCUCCGUGGUUUUGUCCUGGCCCCACUUUUCGUCUACCUGUUUAUUGGCACGUCAUUCCUUCUGGCUGGCUUUGUAUCCCUGUUCCGGAUUCGCACAAUCAUGAAGCACGAUGGUACCAAGACGGAGAAGCUGGAGAAGUUGAUGGUGCGGAUUGGCGUGUUUAGUGUGCUCUACACAGUUCCAGCCACUAUUGUGAUAGCCUGUUACUUCUAUGAGCAGGCCUUCAGGGAGCAGUGGGAGCGCACCUGGCACAUGCAGACUUGUAAACGCUUUGCCAUACCGUGUCCAGCUCACAACUUCGCCCCCAUGACCCCGGACUUCACUGUGUUCAUGAUCAAAUACCUGAUGACCAUGAUAGUGGGCAUCACCUCUGGUUUCUGGGUCUGGUCCGGGAAGACCCUUCAGUCUUGGAGUAGGUUCUACAAGCGCCUUAGCAAUGGUAACCAUGGGGAGACAACUGUGUGAAAGUGGAGGCAUAGAGCCAUGGAGUUUUGGAUCAAACAACUACAAAAAUAGCUUUCGCUUUAAAAAACAAAGCAUAAAAAAACAAAAUGCUAUUUUGGACAACUUUUUCAAUUCAAUUUUUGUAUUUUAAGGUCAAGGCUGCAGUUCAGGUUGUUGGGUAAUAACCAAACUUUGAUUUAUAUUCAAUAGUAGUUGGAUGAACUUUCGAUAUAUUUCUUUUUUCCACCAUCAGACAGCCUACACUCAUGGCUUUUGCAUUUUUUGGAUAAUAAAACUGGCGUAAAUGGCCAUACUGGCUCCUGAACUGUAAUGCCAGAUUGGUUAAGUUACUUUUAAUAUGAAAUUUCUCACAUAUUAUUGAUUAUAUUCGUAAUAUUACAAUUUGAAUGUACGUCCUGUCUAUCAAGACUAAUGGGUCAUGUAGUGUGGCCCUCUCUGCAUGUUGCAACAAAAAGGUCACAAUAGUUUUGAUCAUACAGCAGCGCCACACACACACACACACACACACACACACAGGCUGUGAUUUCAUUGAUUGGAGAAGCUGGACCACACAUGUAAAUUUUAGGUUAGCUUACUCUGCUUCUAGACUGUAAUGCAUAAUUUUGUCACAUAUUGCAGAGUACAAUCUCAUCUGGCUUAAUUUGUGGAAUAAUGCACCAGCCCUUCCAUCAGCCAUAUGUGGCUGCCCAGAGAUCAAAACUUUUUUUGUUUGUUUAAUUUUUACUUUGUUUUACCCGACUGAAUAUUUGCUCCUGCGUUGAAUGCUCACAGUGAAGGUGAAUGAAGUUAUGUAUUGGUUUGCACAGCUAUUAAGUGUUACAAAUGACUGAUCCACUACAGGAUGACCUGACUCAAAAGACCCCCACCCCCCACACAUGCAGGCUUCCACACUCUGUAAUGGAGACAGAACAGUUCAUUGUUUGUCUCUGUGUGUGGUCUCUCAGCAGUUGGAUCCCCCACCAAUAAGACUUUUUAAGCUUUUAGCAUCCAAAGCACAGUUUCAAGGAUCCAGUUUUAACCCAGUGGAGUGGAAAUGGUUGCUCAGGAUUUUAAUGUUUUAUCCUGAAUGAAGACUGUACACAUGUUUCAUGCCUGUUCUUAGCCCACUGUUACUUAAUCUGUUACUUUCAUGCAAUUUCACUUGAAGACUGAAACCUUUUAAAUGCAUUUUUGUUAAUGAAUCAUUCUAGUGUCAGUCUUACUCAAGCGUUAACAUUUAUUUUCCUCAUAUAUACGCUGUCUUAUGCGGGGAUAGCAUUUAUGUGGAUGGAGUGCAUGGAGACACGUGGGGGGUAAAAAACAAAUAAUUACAGCUGCACUGACUAUGGCUAUUGAUGUUAUUGGUGCAGAUAAAAAAUUGCCACAGUCUCAAUUAGUUUACAAAUUCAUUAGAAUAUUUUUAAAUGUUACAGGAAACGGUUAAUACAAUCGCAGGGAAUCAGCCAACUAAAUGCUCUUACCAGCACAUUGUGUUUCAGGGCUAUCCAAGGAUGUUCAUUAAGUUUUGGUACCCGAGCCAUUUUUUGCAACUUCAUUGGAAUCACAGGUUUUUUAACUCAGUUUUUUAAAGGCUUUUAAACUGAACCAGAAAAUCUCGGUUUAUUUCAAAGGAAACCAUGUUUGUCAGCUACAAGAUAUAUGUGCUGGAAGCUUUUUGUUUCUUUACAUACAGUGUGUUACAUAAUGAAUGAAUGGAAAGAUGCUGCAGCUUUGGGGAACACCUCAAAACAGUUUGACCGUAUAGACAUGGUACUUUGUAACCUCUAAAGCUGUGUCCUAUACCCAUGAGUACUAAAACUACAAACACACUAUGUGCAAGUCCUCAGUGUAUACUAUUAAAGCAGUUUGUAUACAAGAAUGUCACAUAUCCCAUGUGAAUGUACUACAUACCUCAAGCCCCUGGUAAAACAUCCAUCUGUCACCCAUUGUGCUUUACUUAACAAGGCACACACAUUUUGUGAGCCAAAAUCUGCCAGUGUCCAUGACACCAGACUGACCUGUUUGUGUUGUACUGUUUUCAGAAGGAAUAUGAGUGUGUUUGUGUGUAUUUUUUAUCAGAGCAUAUGCAACCUACCAAGUAAACACAGACUGUUUUUCUAUAGGCAUAUUGUAUUUAUGGGGAUUCUCAUUUUUGUCUUUACUUGUUUUUUAUCGAGAUAAGCCUCUUGUACGUGUACAGUUUGAAUAAAAGUGUUAAAGUUUGUAA